AAAUGAAUUAUUACCGUCUCUUCGUGCAAAAUCAACUGCAUACUGAAAAACUGAUCGACAAAUUUCUUCUUUCCCGAACUGUCCCUAGAUUUUCUUCACUGCACGUCCGCACUAACCGGCUCUAUCCUCGGUACACCUCACACCAAUCUUUCCCCUUGAACCAGCCUAAACCCUGAAAUUUGGUGCCUUUUCAGCCGUCGAAUUUUCUUAAUUUCAUUUUAUACUACUGGAAAUCACAUACAUUCAUUUUUAUAGUGAAAAGUCAUAGUUUCUUUGUUGGGUUAGUUCAAUAAAAAAAUAUUAUGGGAAAAAGAAAGAGAAGAGCUAACUUGGAUGAAACACCACCAUUGUCAGAAUUCAUGCCGCCUUCACCUCAAACGGACAUGUUUUCAAAAGAGAAAUCUUCUCACCAAGCUGAAUACAGUGCGGCACAGCCUCCAUUAUCCAUUACGGAUAUUAGAGAUAAUUCCAUGAAGAUACCACAAGGCCACCAGUCACCUUAUGGUUCUGGUUGUGGUUUAUUAUUGAGGCACCCUCAUCAUUGUUUUAGCCGCCGUUAUUCUAGACGAAGCACUAAUCACUCUGAAGCAUCAACUUCUAAUAGGAAGGGUCAUCCUGUAAAUGAUAUGAAAUUGUCCUUUAAACUGCCUAAUAAAGACUCUUCAGACUCGCAGCAUAUAGAAAGUAGGGGAAGAACAUCCCAUAAACCAGGAAGAAUUAGGUCGAGUUCAUUGGUGAUGAACGCAAUAUCUGCUGAUGUUUGGAAAAUGGAAUGUGGUAUAUGCCAGAAACUCGUGAGGAAGAAACCCUUCAUCCUUGGGAGCUCUAUGUCGUCUAGUGAUCUCUCGGUGGCUGCCGUUUUGGUCUGCGGUCAUGUUUAUCAUGCUGAUUGUUUGGAACAGGAAACGAGCCAUGAAGAUAGACGGGAUCCUUCUUGUCCAUUGUGUUCAAACCGGCUCUCGCACGUUGAUGCCUAGGUGUUUAAUGUUAUGCUAGUAUUCCAGGAAUCAUCAAAUAUGUUGUUAUGAAAAAGAUGCAUAUGUAUGUAUUUAUGUUUUAACUUAUGAAGAUCAGAUGAGAGCUCUGGUUUUUCAUUAUAGAGAGCAUUAUGUUAAUGCUAUUUGCACUUAUUUUGGGCCAUCAUAUUGUAAUUCAGCUUAUGAGUGUUUUCUGAUUUUGUAUGUGGGUUUUUAAUAAUGCUUUUCUCCUU